GUGGGAGACAAAUAAACAUGGAGGCCAUCUUUCACGAGAGGCAAGAAGGCUCACUAUGUGCCCAGCACUGUCUGAAUAAUUUGCUACAGGGGGAAUAUUUUAGUCCUGUGGAGUUGUCUUCUAUUGCACAACAACUAGAUGAAGAAGAGAGGAUAAGGAUGGCCGAGGGAGGACUCUCCAGUGAAGAAUAUAGGACAUUUUUACAGCAGCCUUCUGGAAAUAUGGAUGACAGCGGUUUCUUCUCUAUUCAAGUUAUAAGCAAUGCCUUGAAAGUUUGGGGUUUAGAACUAAUCCUCUUCAACAGCCCAGAGUAUCAGAGGCUCGGGAUCGACCCUAUAAAUGAAAGAUCUUUUAUUUGUAACUAUAAGGAACACUGGUUUACAGUUCGAAAGUUAGGAAAACAGUGGUUCAACUUGAACUCUCUUUUGACGGGUCCAGAACUAAUAUCUGAUACUUACCUUGCACUUUUCCUGGCUCAGUUACAACAAGAAGGUUAUUCUAUAUUUGUUGUAAAGGGCGAUUUACCAGAUUGUGAGGCCGAUCAGUUAUUGCAAAUGAUUUGGGUACAGCAGAUGCAGAGGCCAAAAUUGAUUGGGGAAGACACACUGCAAUCAAGAGAUCAGAGAGUACAAAAAGCAGACCUCGAACAAGCCUUAGAUGUUAGCCAGCCGUUUGAUGGUACAGGCAUGUUAGAUGAAGACGAAGAGAACUUCCAAAAAGCUCUUGCUCUCAGCAGACAAGAAAUUGAUAUGGAGGAUGAAGAAGCUGAUCUCCGUAGAGCCAUUCAACUAAGUAUGCAGGGCAACCAUCGGACUGGCUUGUCAGAUUCUUGCUCCCUUAACACUCCACACUCUGCUACAACAAAUCAGUCUGAAUCUCUUACGUCAGAAGAGCUGCGAAGGAGAAGACAAGCCUAUUUUGAAAAACAGCAGCAGUUGCAUCAGCAAUGUCAGAACCAAGAACUUCAUGAUGUACCAACUACAAGUUCAAAUGUACUGGGGACUGAUCCAGGAGGUGAUAUGAGUGAAGAAGAUAUGCUUCAAGCAGCCAUGAAUAUGUCCUUGGAAACUGUUAGAAACAGCUUGAAUGCAGAAGAAAAGAAAUGACAUAAAUAUCUGUUUUCCUAUGUAAACACUAAAUCCUGUAUUAAUCCUGUGUGGAUGGUAUAAAGUUAGGGUUCAUUUCACUGAUGUACCAAAGCAGGAUGUAGCCCUAAAAGGUAUGAGGUUAAGGAUCUAAAUUAAAAGGCAGUCUGCAUAUAACAACAGUAAAUACCUUACCAAUGUAAAGGUCUUUCAACUUUUUGCUCAUAUGAUAACUUUGAAUCAAGUCAAUAAAAUUGCCUCACAUGAGCAAAGAGGCUUCCAUUUGUCAUAAAAAUCUCACCCACCAACUCCUUUACCAAUAGAUGCUUGAGAGCAGUUUGUGGUAUCUGCAGAUAUCUGUAUGAUGUGUGUGUUUUCCAGAACAAGAUCAGUCCAGUACCACAACUCCUUACCCAUCAUCCUGAGGCCCUUGUGUUAGGAUAGCACUAAGCAAGGUUGUGUGACACUUAAAACUUCACAGACUUGUGCAUAUACUUAAAAGGCAUUGCAAGGAUUACCGCUGCACCCCUAAAUAGUUGAGAUAGAUGGAUACAGUUUGCUUUUGCUACCUUUUAGUUACAUGCUAACUUCUGAAUAUUCACUAGUAGGGUGAUCUUUUUAAAGGGGGAAAUGAUUCAAAAUCCUUUUACCAGUAUUUGCAGUAAUACACAAGGUCCUUUUAAAGCACAAGAUCUAAUUGAUUUAGGGCACUUGGGCACUCUUUAAGGACUGCAAACUGAUGUGGCCAUUUUGAUAAGGCCAGAGAUUUUUUUUCUUUUCAGAGGAGAGAUUACAGUUAGUUAAAAUACUAUUUCCACUAAAUUGUGGACAAUCCUGGCCUUGGUAAACAGGAGCAGCUGCAAGUAAUGCUGGGUAUUUGUGGUCAACUGUUAACUUGACUUUUGGGGAGGAUGUGGGGAUUAUUUUUGAUUCUUCAGUGUCCUCUUCAUUCCCAUGUUUCUGCAAGUUACUAGGUGAAAGAAUAUUUGAAACUGCCUUAGUCUGUUAGUUCCAUCUAGUUUCACACUACUGAUUGGAAGCAGUUCUUCCUGCUGCCAGAGAUAUUGGCCACUUCUACACUGUCAUUUUUGUCACUCUUUUGUCCCUAUUGCUUUGGGUUUCCCUCCCCUUUUCCACAUGUGU